GUGUAAGUUUAUAAACUACAGUCAUCGGCCUUCUUCUGCUGUUGCUGCUGGUUUGCUAGCUACCCCAUAAUACACACACACACAUUUACAACUCCCACCAAUUUUUUGUUCUCUCUCUUUUCCUUUUUUCUUUGCCAUUCAGUAAGAGUCGAAGAUUGGUGCCGACUAACAACGACUGUCAGUCGAGUUAGAGGAAUCGGAGACACAUUUCUCGGUUGACUUCGUUGGCCUUUACUCUACUCGUUGUUUUCUUACUUAUAAAUCAGUGAGCUCUUACAAUCUCAUAAUAAAUAAAUAUUCAACGAGUAAUAGUAUAAUAAUAAAAAUCCUCCCUCAAGUAGCCGAUCUUUCAACUAACGGAUCGUUAUAUAUUUUUUGGAAUAUAUCAACAUGAUACUUACUGGACCAAUCUUUACAACGAUCUUUCUAUUUUUAACUAUAGGUUCAUUAUCAAAAGCAUGUGAACUGGAUCAGAUGAGAUACGGAUGUCGGAUUUAUAAUGCCCAAUGUAGCUGUGGUUAUGGUUGUAAGGCUGAAUAUAGAUAUGACAGUAACGAAGAUUGCAGAUUAGCAUUGAGAGGUAGACUCAACGAUACAUGCUACAGAUCUAAUCCCUGUUUACACGGUGGCUCUUGUUCGCAAAUUUCGGCCGAUCCAGGAUUCAAAUGUCGAUGCGAGGGUACAGGAUAUUUUGGUACACGCUGUGAAAAACCUUGUCCUGCACCCAACAAUCUACGUUACCGUGGACCAUUUCCCUACGAAUGUGUUGUGAUCUGAUAAUUAAGAAAUUCUCUUACUUCUCUUUCCCUUUUUUUCUUUUCUUUUUUUUUUUUUUAUACCAUCACGAAACUUGCGAAUCUAAAAUCUAUACGUUUUUGUUGACAAUAAGUUAGUACAAAAAGCGAGUACAUACAUAUAGAGAUAUUCUUCCAUACAUAUUUUCGAAUAAUAUACACAUCUUUGUACAUACAUAAUAAAA